AUGCAACGUACGGAGGAGGACCACGUUCUGUCGCUGCUCCGCACCUGGAAGACCUUGGCUGAGAACUUGGACUCCCUGGCAAACCUCCUGGUGGAAGGCGAUCUUCUGUGUUCCGAGCUGCACCGAUCGGCCGUCUUUGAUGACAGUGUGACGGAGGCCUUGCUGGCUGCAGCGGGGGACAGCGGUAGCCUUGAAUUGGCAGCCUACGUCUCGCUGAUGGAGGAGUCGCUGGCGCGAAGCUUGAGCAGCAGUCUGCUCCCCUUCAUGAAACAGCUCUCGCAGGCCUUCGAUCUCAGUCAGUUCUUGGCUGACAUGUGGGUUUUCGGCUCUUUCGAUGUGCCGGAGACCGAGCUUACUCUCGUGCAAACGGCCUGGAGCCGUGCGGCCAAGACGGCACAUGGACUCUUGGCCCAGAACUCUUCGAUCUUGCCGUUUCGAUUGCUGCGACUAGCGGUGGACAGGGCCGAGGAGGCGAUGUCCACCAAUGUCUUCAUGGCUCCGGACAUCUGCAGCGGAGGGAUGCAGCUCUGGAACAUGACCUCAGGCGAGCUCAUCGGCUUUGAGCCGUGA